UUUUUACAUAUAUAUGGUUACAACAUUACGCAUAUUUACAGAGAUUUAUAUGUUAUUUUAAUAAAAUUGCAUUUGUUCAAAUAUAUAUUUGCAGAUCUCGGAUAAUCAUGUGUUACUGUAUAACACUUGUAUAGUGAAAAAUAAAUUGCUAAAAGAAUAACAACACUCACUAUAUAAUUCUUGUUCUAUAUAUUGUAUAUGAUGUAUAGUGAUUAUGUAUUACACAAGUACAAUAAGCGCAUAUUGCAACAACACAAUAAUACGGCCAUGUACAAAUUGUGUAAGAACGAAAUAAAAGUCGCAUUUAUACUUCAUGUCGACGCAACUUUAGAAAAUAGCCCGAAGGUUCGUCCCCUCCUGUCGAUUGGUAUCACGAAUAGAUACGAUUUGGAAGAAUCCAAUGUUCUCUCGGAUCGUUCGAGUGCCUUCGUCCGCCGGUUGAAUUUCGCGCGUUCCCACGAUUCUCGAAGUAGGAAGUCGCGCGGAAGCGGCGCCGCCAUCUACCGAGCGGUCGAGGCGAUCGAUGAAACCGGAAGCCGGGCGGCCCGUUCUCGCGUACAGAUGCCUCGCCAGCGUUGGCCACAGUAGGCCACAUGUGUCUCGCGCACCGCUUUCCCGUGGAAAAGGCUCUCGCCGAAAAUGCGCCGUGUUUACGUAAUCGCGAGCGGUAACGCGAUGUCAGGCCGGUUCUCGUAGACGCGCGCCAUUCGUUGUGAGCACCGUACGCAUUCGCAUUGGACACAAAGCUAAACGCGCCGUGUCGCGGGUUUAGUAGCAGCGGCCGCCGAGAAAAACCGGACCGUGUGGCAGCCUGUGUGUGCGCGCCCCGUUGUCCGCUACCAGCGCUCUCGCGGUGAGUCCUCACGGGCGUAUGCUGGCGCAAGACGGUACGCAGUUUCGAUCGUAUCGCGAGCUCGCGCCGGUCGCUCGUCAAUAUCGCCGCUAAAGCGCCGAGUCAGCGCGCCUAACCCAUACGCCGAGCACGAGGCGCGCGCGCGCCUCGUCGCGAUUUUCGCCGCGGCGAUCGAACGUGGGCCGAGCGUCGCGUAGCGCCUCAGCGUAAUUGUUCAUUCGGUGUAGCGCGGCCGCGUGUUCGCAGUGCAGACACUGCGCGCGCCCGCUUCAGAGAGGGAGAAGCCGUCGCCGACCCUGUACUGUCUCCUGAAGUCUUCUUCUUCCUCGGCGCAUUCCCAUUCGCAUGCGAGAGAGAGUCGACAUGAGGGAUCUCCGUGCCCCGAGAUUGUGAAGUGGAGGUUACGUCUGCGUGAAUUAGGCGCGCGUGCGUGCGUGCGAGCGUCCCUCGACUCCCCCGCGGACGCGUUUCUCGCGUACCGAGCGCGCGCGCAACGUGCGACCUCGUGUUUUUGUCCUCACGGUAGUGCACCUCGUGUGCCAGCAAGAUGGCGGCCAAGGUAGCCAGUGGCGCGCAGGGCGGUAGCGAGCGGCCGGAAGGCCCCGGUCAGUCCUAUGCCAGCGUGCUGAACCCGAAGAGCGGCAUCGAGAGCCGAGCGAAUACCUGCACGGGCAACAACAAAGAGAACAUGGGCGGCCAGUCGGUCAACCAGGCAACGACGGCGCUGCAACACCAGCGACAGUUACAUCAUGGUCAGCAACAGCAGACGACAGCUGUGCAGAAGGAGCAGAACGCGCCGUCGAACAUAGUGAAGGGCAAGCCCUACCAGAGAGCCGGCCAGCCGACGGCCCAGUCUACGGCCAAGUGUUCGGACAAACGUUUCCGCAGUGACAGCCCGUCGAACGUGUCGUGGAGUGUUCUCGUCGACAUGGAGCUCGGCGUCCGUAAGGAGGCGCUGACCGCGUCGCCGCGUCGCGACAAUGACGUCGACCGGCAGUUGAACAACGGCGACGUGGGCAGUGACGGCGAGUUCCAAACGGUCGCGCCGAAGAGCGCUCGGCGCAAGGAGAAGUUGCGCGAGCAGCAUCAGCGAGACCAUCACCGGGAACGUCAUCGGUUGCGCGACAACAACAGCCGGCACCAAGCACGUGGUGGCGUCGGUAGGGGCGGCAGCAAUGAGAGGGCGCACAAGGAACAACGUGGUGAUCGUAACGUCGCCUUCGUCGUCACUGCCGCCGCCGCUUCCACCACCACUGCCACCGAGCACGGUCCGAGGGAGAUUCAUCGGGCGGACGAUCAGGAUGCCGAGACCGAGGCGCAAUCCGUACCCCCACCACCCCCCAUCAAAUACGUCGAAGCGCCGUUGCCUGCGGUGAAUCCCUGGACGAGGAGCAGAACGUUGACGACGUUGCAAAACGCCACAAUGCCGGCUUCCACCAGCGUCGUCCCCGUGGCACCCGUGCCGGUCGACAGACAAAGCGAGAGGGAGAAAAGGGUGUUGCAGCCGCAGCAGCAGCAGGGAGCGACCACCGAAAAUGGUGUCGGCAGCAGUGCUCAGCCUACGAUCGUCAAAGCUUCUCGAGAUAGGAGAAAAUUCAACCAAAAGGCAAGUGACUUUACGGAUAUCGGGGACUGGCCAACCCUAGGAACACAGGGAGAGAAAAAGGCAACCACGUCACCGCCGAAGCAAAAUGGUACCGCUGAGCCGAACAAUUCCAAAGAGAGUAGCACCAGCAACGUUGAGAGCAGGGGGAAAGAGAAUAAGGAGCAGAACCACUGCCAAGACGAUAGUGACGAGCAUACGGAUAACAAUGAAAAGAAAAGGAAAGUAAAUAAGCAAAAAUGGGUUCCGCUGGAGAUCGACCUGGCAAAAAACCGUGGUAAACGAGAACGCUCGCCGAAGUAUCAGAACCAGAGGGAAAGGAACGGUGAAGAUGGUGAACAAACGUGGCGCGAGAGGGACUAUUAUGACCGAUCGACGGGGUACAGCAAUUAUCGGGGUGGUCGCGGUGGUAGAAGUUACAGAGGCCGAGGACGCGGUGGCGGACGUGGUGGCGGUCGAAGUAGUAGCUUCAGACAUCGACAAGAGCAAGAGUAUCAGAAUUAUGCUGGCACGGAUUACUUGCAGGUGCUUAAAUACGAACAACCAGAUCCUGCCUACAUGAUGGGGCAAUGUUUGGGAACGUUCUAUUAUAAUAAUUAUAUUAAUUUAGAUACCAACACGUUAAAGGAAUAUAUACGGAAACAGAUAGAGUAUUACUUCAGCGAAGAGAAUCUUAUGAGGGACUUCUACCUUCGUCGCAAAAUGGAUGUUCAGGGAUUUUUACCUAUCACUUUGAUCGCAUCUUUUCAUCGUGUACAAACUUUAACAAAUGACGUGCGUUUAGUGACAGAGGCAAUUAUGGAAUCUGACCAACUAGAAUUGGUGGAUGGGUACAAGGUCAGAACAAGGUUUGAUCCGUCGAAAUGGCCUAUCCUAGAUAGAGCGGACAAACCAUUGUUUUCAGAUUCUUCGGAAUUAUUUAUGCCGCCUCAAAGUGAAAUAAUACCCCAUAUACUUGAAAGAGAAUUUUAUCCUGCCGCGAGGCCUUUACCUAGCAUACCCGAGCCCAUCGUAAUGCCAUUUAUUCUUCAAACUGAUCACACUAUUCCGAUACCAGGAACAUGUGACGAAUCGGAAAGCGUUUCUUCGUUGAUAGGCGAGACUUUAAACCCCGAUGUGCCAGAGUUUAUACCAACGGAAUUGACAGGAAACAGCAAUGACUUACCUACAGCUACGAAUGAAAGUAAUGAAACGAAGAAUGAAAAACAGCCAGUAAAAGCGAAAGAGAUCGUUUCCGAAUCAACAAGUAGCACUCCUACUUCUAAUCAUAAUCUUUGUACGAAGGAAGACAAUAAAUCAUCAGCGAUGACAUAUUCUUCCACUUCAAACUGCUCGCCAGAGGAACAUGGAAAAUCAAAUUCAUCAAACGACGAUGUUUGGCAAGAGGUGAAAAGAAAAGUUAAGCAGCCACACAAAGAGAAAUCCGAGGAGAAAAAGAAGACCAAUGUUAACAAGGACGAGGAACGGGAGGAACUGGACUUCCAAUUCGAUGAGGAAAUGCCUCUGACUGGUCGAAAUAAUGCCUUCUCAGAAUGGUCCGAAGAUGAUGAAGAUUAUGAACUGUCGGAUAGAGAUAUUAAUAAAAUCCUUAUCGUCACGCAAACGUCUAGACCUCCGAAGCAUGAAGGUUACGACAGAACUGGAGACUGGGUUACGAGAGUAAAAAUGAGUCGAGAUUUGGAGCGGGCUAUUAAUGAUGGAUUAUUUUGUUACGAAGAAGAUUUGUGGACACAGGAUCGUCAAAGGUACGGCUCUUCUUCGUCUAUUGGAAGUUAUAAGACCAUCAAUGUGAUUAGCCAAGAGGAUUUCGAAAAAAUGGCACCGAAAGCUCCUAGGAAAGCGAAUCCGGAAGUACCGCCGCCACCUCCUUCUAUUGCAGACGAUUUGGAAAUCGUGCAAUCGUCAUUACAGCUUCCAUCUACGAGUCAAGAGUGUCAGGAAAGAAAAGAUCGUAGGACAGAGAAGAAUCGUUGGAACGAGAAACCAAGGGUAGAAAGAGAAGAGCGAAGAGGGGCUCCUCGUUUCUUCGCCGUUGUGAAAGAUGGGCCGUCGGUUGAUCCGAGAACACCGCGCAAAAGGAAAACCCGUCACAGCAACAACCCUCCAGUGGAACAUCAUGUCGGUUGGAUCAUGGACGUUCGAGAGCACCGCCCCCGAACAUACUCCACGGGGAGUAGCGCGGGAACCAGUCCUAACGAAGGCUAUUUGUCGAGUAGUUACGGCAGCGUGCCACAGGCUCUACCUACGUUCCAACAUCCCAGCCACGCUUUGCUGAAGGAAAAUGGUUUCACCCAGCAGGUGUAUCACAAGUAUCAUUCGCGUUGCCUAAAAGAACGCAAGCGAUUAGGCAUUGGGCAGUCACAAGAGAUGAACACUCUCUUCCGUUUCUGGUCGUUCUUCCUGCGUGAAAAUUUCAAUCGUACCAUGUACGAAGAAUUCAGGACUAUUGCCAAAGAGGAUGCUUCCGAAGGAUACCGAUACGGGCUAGAGUGUCUGUUUAGAUUUUAUAGUUAUGGUUUGGAGAAGAAAUUCAAACAUCAAUUGUACAAAGACUUCCAGAUGGAAACGAUAUACGAUUAUGAAAGUGGUCAACUGUAUGGACUAGAAAAAUUCUGGGCAUUUUUGAAGUAUUACAAGAAUUCUGAUCAACUUCAUGUGGAACCUAAAUUGAAGGAGUACCUAUCGAAAUUCAAGAAUAUCGAGGACUUCAGGGUAGUGGAACCACAGAUACUUGAGAUGCUGCACGUUGCGAAGAAGCGCAACAGAAGCGUAUCCGAAAGUGCUAGCGGCGAAGACGUGCGAACGAGCAGAGAACGCCGACUCUCGGGUGGCUCCAGCACCGUCACACUGCCAACCACAAAUUCCGAAAGUAGUAACGCGCAAAAGUCACGCAUGGAGCUGGCGAAUUCGCAGUUCCGCAACAGAGCCAGUUCCUUCGGUUCCGGCAGGCUAACGAGCCAUCCUCGACGAUGGAACGACCCAACGACGUCGUCGUCGUCGUCGUCGACCAGCCAGCGAGAUCUCAACAAGCAACAGCCUCGUAGUAGGCACAAUUCCGGUUCCUGCACGAAAUCUCACGAAGUGGUGAACAAGUCGCAAGUCACUGCCAGAGAUCGUACUCAACUCAACUCCAAGCCUGAAACGAGCAAGUUCGUCACGAUGAAGAUGGAGAGCGGCUCUACGUCCUCCUCCCAAAAAUGAGAAACUCAGUUGCGGUGCGCUGAUGAUGCGCGCAUAAACUCUUCGAGCGACUACGAAGGCGAAAGGAAGUGUUGUAUCGUGUCGCCUUCGGCGAUGGAACGGUGUUUCACCGUAACGUAUACAUGUGGAGUGACAGUAAUCGAUGAAUACUACAGUGCUUAACGAUGCACCGAUAACGGUCUGAAAGAAAAGAGAGAAGAAAUGCGAGGAUCGCCGAUUCUCGGGAUCGUCGGGGAAGUCGUCGUCGUGUAAAAGCAUUCACGGAAUGUACAUGCACAACGCUAGAUUUAUAAAUGUAACGUUACUCGUAAAGUAGUAUCUAAUUUUUACUCAAGUCCUUUUAUCCAGCGGUGCAUAGCCAUCGUUUCACGCGAAAUAUUUUUACACGCUUCUCUCUUCAUUACUUAUGACAUUUAUAUUACAUUAUGAGAUGUGACAUAACUAAGAAUAGGGAAUGAAAGAGAGAGACGAUGAGUACCGGAUACGUGUGUGCAUGAAGAAGAAAUCUAAAUUAUGUAAAUUUAUUCAAACAUUUUUGCCCACAAGUUUUAUCUUGUGUUUUAACAUUUAUAUAUAUUUUUUUUCCCCGCAAUAAAGGAAACUCUUCAUAUCUUUACAUCAAGAGAAUAAGUGCUUUAUAUGGAAAUGUGAAGUGUGUUUAUCUGGGAUAGAGAGAGAGAGAGAGAGAGAGAGAGAGAGAGAGAGAGAGAGAGAGAGAGAGAGAGAGAUUAAACACAUGUAUUCGGUAAACAUCUCACAUUAGAUCCGCUCGAUUCAUUCGUUCCUUUUACACUUUCUUCGCUCCUUCAUUCUCUCCGGUAUUUUAAUAUACAUUUAUUACAUCUCAAACAAAAAGCGUUAUGAGAUGCGACUGAAAUAAACAGUCCUAUCAUUAUUUGAAUAUACAUACAAAAUUGAGAGGUUAUUAAUGAUGGGUUACAGCUGCACAACUAUUUAAUUUGUGCUAUCUUUUGAUUAUGGAGAUCGAAACUAGAAUUUUCUUUUGAUUAUUCAACAUUUUUCAUUGAAAGAUGCACUUCCCUUUUUUUUUCUUUUUGCCUUUUUGUAAUAAGAAUCUUUCUUUAUAGUAAGUACUUUUUUACGCCGUUGAAUGUGCGCUUUUUGUUAUUCAGUGCACUCGAAGUUUGAUAAUGUUUUUUAAUAAUAAGUGCACUCGGUUCAUAUGAUUGGUACGAAAUUUAUGUCUCCAAAGUUAACAAUGAUAAAGAUUUUUUAGUCAAGUAUAGGCAUAGUUCUCGACAAGUCUUGUACAAUCGUAAAAUCAUGAAUCUAUUUAUGAACUUAAUGGAUAUAAGGAUUUAAGAGAUAUUUCUUUAAAUACAAUUAUAAAUAUUAUUUAAUAUGAUAAUAGUUUGCAUAUUGAUUUCAUUAGAACGGACUACUAUCAGACUCAUAUUAUCGCUGAGCUUGUAAUUUUAUUCAUUACAAACAAUUUUGCCUUGCUAAAUAAAUGUUAAAUCUAAUAAGCGUAUAAUACAAAUACUUAUAAUGCCGUUAUUUUAAAGGAAGAAUAAGCCUAUAUACAUAUGUGUAUUAUACACUGUCUCUUUGCGCACGUUGCUGUGUAAAAGAUAGCCUUAAGUAAGAAACAUUAGAUGAGAAGGAAUUUUCUUCAAGAACUAUGCCCAUGCUGCUAAAAUAUAUCCAUUGCAUUAAAAGUAAUAUUAUUCAUAACUGAAUAGACCGCGCUUUUCUGUGACAGUCAUAAUAAUUUUUACAAAAGAUAAGAUCGCUUCCUCCACCUCGAUAAAAAUUCCAUUCAAAUAUGGUAGUAACAGUUGUAAGAUGUUUCACGUUGAACGUUUUAUAGUCUGUUUUUCAAGAUUCCCAUAUUUUGCGCAUAAAUAUUUUCUACUGAUUUUACGUUUGCCAUAUUUGAUUCUCGACCGCGUAAGCGUUUAUUUCAAGUUCCUGUGUCCUCGCUAUGGCUAUUUUCAUUUUAUGAAAUUAGAAAAGCGAUAAAUCGUAUAUUAAAAUCUAUUGCGGUAUACGUGGAGAUAAAAGAAUAUUGUUUCAGCAUUCAGUACAUUUGUAAAAGUGUCUGGACGCUUUUCUCGAAUCUCAACAAUAAUAGCUGAAAAUUACUCCUUAUCUACAAACUACUUUGCUAUGCUUUAAGACGUAAACGAUAAGCAAAACGACUAGUUACCAUCGUUUAUUAGAAUUUACAAUCGACUGUGGCUGUUCAAUUUAUUUACGUCUUAAGGCUUUAGAAUAAUCUGUCCUUGUUUAAUGACGUUAGAAGUAGCAACGCAUGCCAGUUCACAGCGAGUACUUAAAACAUGGUUAGAUAAGAACUUAAAACAUGGUAGAUAAGAACUUAGUGCAAAAUGUAACUUACGUUCUUACACUAUUCUUUUUUCAUGAUUCUGUUACGUUAUCAUUUUAUGGCUAUUCAUUGAUUUCUCGGGUAAAAAAAAACAUCCGGAUAUUUUUGCAAGUGUGCUAAACCGAGUGCUAUUUUGUGCGAUAUAUUUCUCUUAUCUCCACACGUACCGUAAUAUAUUUUGACAGUUUCUCGCUUCUGACGUCAUCAAACAAGGACAGCCAAAGCGAGGACACAGCAAUCUUAAUUCACCUAGAAAGGUUAACGUAUUGACGCCUGCUAAAACUUGCGUUCACUCGAAAACAUCCGGAUUCGAGGUCAUCGGCAGAAAUCGUAGUAUGCUAUUGCCUAUUCGUUGAACGAAUUUACAUACGUGAACUUUUUUGCGUGUGUGUAUAUAGGCGUCGACCGAAUGAUGGAUCUAGCAAAAUUCUGCGUCUCGAAAUCGAGCGAAAGGAAAUCUUUGCACGAUCGAUUCACACACGUCAUUUAUUCCGCAUCAUGCAAAAAUCGACGAGUUCGUUGAGCAUUUGUAAAUAGAAAAUAAGCACUGAGCCCCUUGAUCGGCGAAUCGAGCGAAUCGGCGAAUUCUAUCGGCAGAUUUUAGUCCAUUAUUUUUAAGCAAACCG